AUGCCCUGGAAGCGAUGUCUGUAUCUGCAGCAGGAAUAUCCGAUAAAUUACAUAGAGGUCCGACAGGUAAGUAGAAGAAGAAAUGUAAACGAAAUAUACGAGGACAUAAAUAGAGCCAUCAUUAGGAUAUCCGUAGUAGUGCUGUUUCUCUCUCUCUUCAAGAUUAUGAUGCUAGAGGACAGGCUCGGAAUGCCUAAGUCAUCGUGGUUUUCGUUUAUUUCUACAUUCACAGAAAAUUUCCUGGAGAACAGAGACGACACUGGGAUCAACCUCAAGCCAAGCUUUAUGCUGCUGACAUUUGCAUAUUUGCUGUCCCCUCUAAUAAGAACCCUGACCCUUGAAAUUCGCCCAAUCCCACUAUACAUAUACUUUGCUAUAACACAGGUACUCUUCAUUGUAGACUCUGUAUCUGCAUCAAUAUAUAAUACAGAGUCUUCCAUCGAGGUGAAGGACGAACAGACGCCUCUUUCGCUUGAGGAAAGUAUAAACAUACCGAAGAGAAUAUCAAGCAACCAGAUCCUUGGAUUGACAUCCUAUUUCUUAGGAUUCAUCCUCCUGUCGUCGAGAUUCAAUGAGCCGUCCUCUGUCUUCAAUCUUCUGUGCCUAACAUUCAUGGGAUACAUCAUCCUUUUGAACCAUAUGGAACACUUCGGCGUGCACAGAAGUACAGCCGCAAUAGCCUUGGUAUAUGUCCUUAUAUCUGCAAUGACAAUUUUCCCUGACAUAAGGAUAUUCUGUGUAUAUAGCUGUAUUGUCACGUUUGUGUACUCCAUUUCCCACAUAUCUGUUUGGCUCCUCGAAAAGGAUCUUAGCAGAAAAUGCUAUUCUAAUAAAUUUUAA